UAGAGCGCAGGUGCACGGCCCGACCCAGAUCAGACUCUGAUUCCCCAAAUCAAUUCGGACCCAUGGGUUGGCGUUGGCACGACGACAAUGACGACGGCGGCCGGGGCCUCGGCGCCGUCCCCGACCUUGACUCCGGCGGCGGGGGCGAUGGGGCGCAGUGCGCCACGCGCCGGGUGGUGCAGUCGCGCUGCCACACGGAGGAGGUGGAGCCCGGCCGCUUCGUCCGCAAGUGCGAGAAGACCGAGCAGCUCCUCCGCGACUGUGUCGGCAGGCCCACUGAACUGGUGGAAUCCAAAACUGAAAACACUGAAGAGGAUGUCACGGAUGAAAUCAAAAGUGGUUCGCUUUCUCUUGGCUUUCCAACAAAAGAGCCCUUUGCAUUCCCAGGACUUCGCAGUGACAUGGAUGCCCUUGAGAAAGGCUUCUUUGGGAGUCUUAGUAGCGUUCUGGAUGAAGCUGAGCGGAUGACCAACUAUUUCUUCAAAUCUUUUGCUUUUCCUUCCACCCACGACAGGGAGUCGAGCCCGUUUCCUAGACGACCCGCAGAUAGUCAUAUUGACGAAGGUACUGCAAAGAAGACCAAGGAGAGUGACUACUCAGAAUUCAGUGGACAGAUUUCAGAUGUCUAAGAAGCUGCAGUUAGCUGGCAUGUGUUUUCAGAGCUGAAGCAUGGGAAGUGGGAGCUAUGCUGUACUGGAUUUUGGGGGUCCAAUUAUGAUCUCUUUGGAACAGUUGCAUAUAGUGUUUUCCUUUGGAACCAUUCUUCAUGGUCGUAAUGGAAAUAGAGAGGAAACUUUACUGUUCUGUCAGCACAAUUAUCUGAAAUGUUCGGUUUGUAGGGGCAUUUUGUAUAGUAGUACUGUCUGCAGACCCUUGGAUCAAACAUGUUCGUAAUUUGGCCCCAAGAAUGACCUCAAUUUUGUAUGCUUUGUUUCUACUGAAGUUGAGUCGUAUCUGUCACGCCUGUUU